UGGCGCGCGCUCCCGCUGUCGGCCAUUUCCCGAGUCUCCCCCGGACUCAGGCCAAACCCAGAACCGGCCCAAGUCCCGGACCAGGACCGGACCAAGACCAGGACCCGGACCAGACCCACAGAACCAGAACCCCCCCCCGUCCUGUCCGUGCGCGCGCGUGUGUCCUGAGCGGGCACGCGCACAGAACCGUGUCAUGGAGCCGCGCGCACCGGCCUGCUCCACCUAACCCCGGGACCUGGUCUAGACCUGGACUGGACCUGGUUUAGACCCGGUUUAGUCCGAGUCCAGUCCGAGUCCAGGUCUGGGAUUAAACACUUCCGAACCGAGUCGCGGAACCGACGCUUCAUCUGGACUUUCCCCGCUCCCGAGGCGCCUCCCGCGGCCUCAGCCCAGAGCCAGACCCGGGACCCGGAACCAGCGGCACCGGGACCAGCGGCACCGGGACCAGCGGCACCGGGACCAGCGGCACCGGGACCAGCGGACUGUCCUGAAAUCUGUGCCCGGAAAACACGCUCCCAUCCCGGACUCCAGGUCGUGACCCGCUCCAGGUCGUGAACCGCUCCAGGUCCAGACCCGCUCCAGGUCCAGACCCGCUCCAGGUCCUGACCCGCUCCAGGUCCUGACCCGCUCCAGGUCCUGACCCGCUCCAGGUCCUGACCCGGUCUGAGGAUGUCGGCCCCGCGGCAGACCCGGGCCGCGACCCCGGCGGAGCAGCGACUGCAGACCCUGUCGGCGCUCCUGUCGGACCAGGCGCGCCUGUCGGAGGCGGGGGCGGGGCUCGUGGGGGUGGAGACUCUUCUGGACCUUCUGCUUUGCUUCUGCUCCGAGUGCAGCCAGACGCCGCUGAGGCGCGAGAAACACGUCCAGGACUUCCUCGAGAGCGUUCGUCCGUUCACAGACAGGGUGAGGGAGCUGCGUUUGCACCGAGACGAUUUCGAGAUCCUCAAAGUGAUCGGACGAGGAGCGUUUGGAGAAGUUGCCGUGGUGAAGUUGAAAAACACAGAGAGAGUUUUUGCCAUGAAAAUCCUCAACAAAUGGGAAAUGUUAAAGAGAGCUGAGACGGCGUGUUUUAAAGAAGAGCGUGAUGUUCUGGUCAAAGGCGACUCUCAGUGGAUCACAGCUCUGCACUACGCCUUCCAGGACGACAACUACCUGUACCUGGUGAUGGAUUACUACGUGGGUGGAGAUCUUCUGACUCUUCUGUCCAAGUUUGAAGAUCGUCUUCCAGAGGAAAUGGCAAAGUUCUACGUGGCCGAGAUGGUCCUGGCCGUGCACUCCAUCCACCGGCAGGGCUACGUGCACAGGUGAGCACCUGACACCACCUGACCCCGCCCCCGAGACACCUGAUCCCGCCCCCAACACAUCAAACCCCGCCCCAACAGCACCUAAC